GUGCUGCUGGUGGCCAGCUCGGACGACAGGAAGCAGAAGGCCGCCUGCGCCUGCAGCGUCCAGGUGGGCUCCUUCAGCGACCCGCACGGGCCGGUGCGAGGGCCUCGCGCACUACUGCGAGCACAUGCUCUUCCUCGGCAGCCGGAAGUACCCCGGGGAAGCCAUGUUCGAGGAGUUUCUCUCCGAGAACGGCGGCUACUCGAACGCCUACACCGAGUGCGAGUACACGUGCUACUACUUCGAGGUCAACCGCAAGGCCCUGCACCCCGCGCUGGACAUGCUCGCGCAGCUGCUGCACGAGCCACUGUUCACCGAGGACAGCUCCGCGCGCGAGCUGGAGGCCAUCGAGUCCGAGUUCCAGAAGAAGAAGCAUUCGGACGGCACGAGGACGGAGACGCUCUUCGCCACCAUGGCCAGGAGCGACCACCCCUGGACGCUGUUCGGCUGGGGCAACCUGCAGAGCCUCAGGGACGAGCCGGCCAGCAAGGGCGUCAGCCUGCACUCGCAGCUGCGGGCCUUCUACGAGGAGCACUACAAGCCCAGCCGCAUGCGGGUGUGCGUCUUCCCGGAGAGCCUGGACGCCCUGCAGGAGGCCGUCGUGCAGAGCUUCUCAAACGCUCACCGUCGCGGCGUGCCCGGGCGUCGGGGACCUCGACUUCGCGGCCUGCGGGCUGCCGCUCGCGCCGGGCCAGCUGCCGAGGCUGCUGCGCGUGAGGCCGAUCCGGGACACGCACUCCCUGACCCUCACCUGGCAGCUGCCGCCCUCCCUCGCCCACUACAGCUCCAAGCCGGCGGGGUACAGCACCCACUGUCUCGGCGACGAGGGGCGUGGCUCCGUUCUGUCGUUCUUGAAGGACGAGGGCUUGGCGACGGAGCUGUCCGCUGGCAGCGGCGGCGACAAUUUCAGCAACAGCAGCAACUCGGAGGUAUUCAACGUGGAGAUCGCCCUCACGGAGCUGGGGAUGCAGCAGUGGCCCGCGGUGGCCAGCGUGGUGUUCCAGUACUUGAAGAUGUUGCGCGACUACGGCGAGAGGCUGCCCGACUGGCCCCACGAGGAGCAGAAGCUGGUCGCCCAGAUGAGCUUCCGGUUCCUGCAGGAGAAGGACCCCUGCGACUUGGUGCAGGAGCUCAGCGAGCGGAUGCUCCCGCUCUACCGGCACCGGCCCGAGCACCUGCUCGUCGGCCCGUGGCUGCACGAGGGCUUCGAGGUGGCCCUCAUCCGCUCCAUCCUGGGCCAGCUGACCGUCCGGCAGUGCUUCGUGAUGCUCUUGAGCAGCAGCUUCGGCCGCACCUCGGCGGAGGGCGGGAGCGAGGACGGGGAGGCUGGCGGCGGCGCAGGCGCGGGGGCGGACGCCAAGCGGCAGCGCGUGGAUACCCCAGACGCGCUGCCUGUCGCCCGGCGGCUGGACCCGCUGUUCGACGCCGCGGCCGCCGCGGGCGACAUGAAGGUGGAGCCGCGGUUCGGCACGGAGUACUGGGACUGCGAGCUGGACGGGGGCGUCCUGCGCGAGUGGGAGGACGCCGCCCCGAGCUCCCGCCUGCACGUCCCGCGGCCCAGCGAGUUCAUCGCGACGGACUUCCAGAUCCUGCCCAGGGACGACACAGGCGAGAGCGCGUGCGCCCCCCUGCUCCAGCGCGCCCCGGCGACCGAGGGCUUCCCGGUCCCGUCCGAGAGGCUGUUGCCGGAGCCGCAGCGGCUGUGGCCCGGGGCGGAUCGCGCGCCGCUGGAGGCGUGGCACCUGAACUGCGCGGCGCAGUUCAACCAGCCGCGCAGCGAGGUGUGGCUGAAGGUAACGUGUCCGCACUACGCGUUCGAUCCGAAGAAUGCGCGGAAGGAGGUGCUCAUGCAGCUGUACGUGUGCUGCCUGCGGGACAGCCUGAACGAGACCACCUACCCGGCCUCGCAGGCGAGGCUGCACUGCAGCGUGAACGGCGCCAGCCACGGGUUGACGAUCUAUGCCGGAGGGUUCAGCCAGAAGCUCCUGAAGCUCGUGGAGCGCGUUCUCGUCGACCUCCCCCUGGAGGACUACUUCGAGCGGGGACUUCGGCGUCUCGGGGCGCAGAAGGAGCAGCUGUUGCGCGACUACAAGAACUCCUGGCUGAAGCCCACGUCGCACUGCAGCGCCCUGCGGCGGCUGCUGCUGAUGCCGAGCUGCAUCCGGCCGGAGAGGCUGGAGCGCGAGCUCGCGUCGAGCACCGUGCAGGAGCUCCGGGAGUUCACGGCGGGCCUCCUGGCCAAGACGGGCUGCACCCUGCUGGCGGCGGGGAACACGCCGCGAGGAGAAUUGCAGUCCUGGGCCGAGGCCUGCGUCUCGCAGCGGCUCCGCCCAGAGGCACAACCUCUCGUGGAGUUAGACGUGGUGCAGUUGGAGAGAGGCAAGACUGUAGUCCUGCUGGAGACGGCCCUGGACGCCACCCAGAAGAACUCCGCCCUCGAGGUCUACUGGCAGCUGCCGGGCCGCGACGGACUGCACUGGGACGAGGGCCGGUCGAAGCUGCGGGCGGUCCUGGAGCUGCUCGAAGAGGUGAUGUCCGAGCCGCUGUUCGACAGCCUGCGCACCAAGCAGCAGUUGGGAUACAGCGUCUCGUGCAUGCAGAGAGACUCCGACGGCGUCUUGGGUUUCACGGUCACCAUCCUCAGUGCCGUCAAGCGGCCGCCAGUGCUUCUGGAUCGCGUGGAGGAUUUCCUGGACGAGUUCAGCAAGAAGCUCCAGGAUAUCCCGGCCGAGAAGUUCGCCGCGCACAUCGUCGCGCUCGGCAGCCGGUGGAUGGAGCCGAAGCGGACGCUGUCGGAGGUGCAGAGCGCGUGCUGGUCGGAGGUGACCUGCGGGUCCCCGGUGUUCGACCGCACCGAGAGGGACACCGCCGUGCUGGGCACGGUCACCCGCGAGGACGUCGCCGAUUUCUUCGCCCAGCGGCCGCGCUGCGCGCCGCCGCGGCCCGGCGCGGGGAGGCCGAGCUCGUGCGCCGCGAGGAGGAGCUGCACGCCGGGGCCCGGCUGCACCCGCCGCGCGGCAGAGAGCCCGCGGCCUGA